AAUUGGGAGCGUAACAUUCCGACAAAAAACAACAAUGACGCCAUGGUGUCUCUUCUCGCCUAUUUUCGUGCUUAUGUCGGUCAUUUUUACAUCAAUAAGGACUGAGAAGCAAUUGGAAAUUGGUGAAUUAGCAAGAGCGUGGUCGUCGUUUGGUGUUCAAGGCGAUUCGGUUGCGAAGUAUACUGAUAGUAUUCACGUGACUCGCCGUAAGGAUUAUAUUAAAGAUGAGUUAAGGCUAAGUUUUACUUUGGAAAAGGAUUAUGAGAUCACUAAGAUUAUCGUAGAUAUGUUGCAAUGUUGCGACGCUAACACGACUUUGAAAACAUUUCAAGUUUACAUUGGCCAGCAGUAUUGUAAAGUUAAUAAUACGUAUUAUCAAGAUGAAGGAGAAAUCUUUUGUUCCAACUUUAAACAAAAGUUUAAUCCUUUCCAUUUCAAUGAAAAAACUGUGAAAUGUCAAAAUUCAGUUAUUGGAAGGCACGUGACCAUUGUAGUUAACGAAUGCGAAACUUUCACGAUAAAAGAUAUUAAAGUUUUUGGAAAUGAAUUAAAAGAUAUAAAUAAUUCAAAUGACCUUGAAUUGUCCUAUAAUCAUCUAUCAACUGUUGGUUAUAGUCUUGUAAGAAUGAAAAAAACUUAUGGAGAGGCUGUUCAAUUUUGUUUCGAGAAUGGUGGAGUUUUACUUGAAAGUCUAUCUAAUCUAGAUUUCCUUAAAGCCAACAUAGAAAGAGAAAUUGGAAAUGAAAAAUUUUGGAGAGUUGGAAAAUUGAUUAGCAAUCAUAUUUAUAAUAAAUUAGAUUGUUCUACCUCUAUAUUAGCUGAUACGUUACGAAUAACUAAUAUUAAUAAUUCAGAAAUAUCACAUUUCGUUAUAGACAGUGAAUUAAAUUGGUUUAAAACUAAUCCAGAAGACGUUCAUUUUUUCAUAUGUCAAAAAUCUUUACCGGUAGAAGCACCAUCUUGCGAACAAUACUUUCAUUAUUGCUUGUUGGAUAAAAAUAAUAGAAAAAAAGGCUUUUGUUCAUCUAAUCAACUUGGUGAUGAAUGCGAAUGGCCUUGCAAAGGUAAUUUCUAUGGAGCUAAGUGCCAAUAUCAGUGCGCUCAUUGUAAGCAUAAAGUCUGUAGUUAUGUCAAUGGUAAAUGUUUGUUUGAAGAAUGUGAAGUGGGUUGGACAGGUAACCGAUGUGAUAUUCCUAUAACUAAGUUACCCAGCGCCACCACAAAUUCACUUACAACUGAGUUGUUAACAACCGAAACAAAUGAAAUAGUUCAUGAGCCAGAAAAGUUUAAACAUGAGGCAAUUGUGCCACUUAAUUUGGAAAGAGUGACUGAACAGAGUACUAUUGGAAAUGAGAUAAAACAUGUUUGCCUUAAAGGUCGUUACUACGGCCCCAAAUGCGAUAUACCGUGUGGACAUUGCAGAUAUGAUAUAUCUUGCAAUUCGGUUACUGGCGAAUGUCCCGAUGGGCUAUGUGACUUUAAUUGGACAGGCGGAAAGUGUGAUAAGCAAAUAGAAGCAACCGCUUGUUUAAAAGAAUUAGGUCUCCAACUAUUUAUAUAUACUGGAAUAGUAACGUUUUCUGUUACCUUGAAUGUUAUCCUCUUAGUGUUUCUAACCUUAAUUUGUAAAAGAAAGAUAAUAAUAACUAAGAAGCAAAGACAAUUUAGAACCUAUAAUCGUUACGAAGAACCUACAUCAGUAAUCUAUUGAAAUAAUUACAAUAUAAUUUAUCUUAUUUACAAUUGUAAUGUUGCUUCCUUUCUUUUUUGUUCUGGACUUAUUUCCUUAAUGUAUUUAAUAAAAAUUAUCAAUUCUACUAUUUUCAUACACGAAAACAAGAUAUGUUAUGCGAGAAAUCACAUUUUCCUUUUCCUUUGAGUCAAUAUUCAUUAUUAAAGUCGUUUACUGAGGGAAACUGAUAAACACAACUCGUAACACUUUCAUUUAAAUAAGUUUCGAUAGGUUGAGCAGUGACAAAUCUCAUUUAAAUGAGAGGUCUUCUCGUUGUUUUCUCUCUAUUGCUCUAAGUUACAAUACAAAGUAAUUAGGAUAGAAA